AUGUCUAGCUUAUCAGCUGAAAUCUUCGCUCCAUUAUACAACUUUUUAAAAACUUCUUCUUUAGAUAAAAUAACCACUUCUAGUAUAAUUACGCAACAAUGGAAUUGUUUCAAAAUUCAAUCGGAAAACGAAGACUUUGAUUGUCUUAUGAAGAUCUUAAAGAAUAUGGAGAAUAAAGUUAAUGAUGAGGAGCGCAAACAACAUCUUAAAUCAUUGCAGAAUAUUAACCAA